AUGCGUGAAAUCGUUCACCUCCAAACCGGCCAAUGCGCUACCGAAAAGAAAUAUGUGCCCCGUGCUGUCCUCGUCGACCUCGAGCCCGGUACCAUGGACGCCGUCCGUGCUGGUCCGUUUGGCCAGCUCUUCCGUCCAGACAACUUCGUUUUCGGCCAGUCUGGUGCCGGCAACAAUUGGGCCAAGGGCCAUUACACUGAGGGAGCUGAGCUAGUGGACCAGGUCAUCGACGUCGUCCGUCGUGAAGCUGAAGGUUGUGAUUGCCUCCAGGGCUUCCAGAUCACUCACUCUCUUGGUGGUGGUACCGGCGCUGGUAUGGGUACCUUAUUGAUUUCCAAGAUCCGUGAGGAAUUCCCAGACCGUAUGAUGGCAACUUUCUCCGUCGUCCCUUCGCCAAAGGUUUCUGACACCGUUGUCGAGCCUUACAAUGCUACCCUCUCCAUCCAUCAACUCGUUGAGCACUCCGACGAGACUUUCUGUAUUGAUAACGAGGCUCUAUAUGAUAUCUGCAUGCGGACUCUCAAACUCUCUGAGCCGUCUUAUGGCGACCUCAACCAUCUCGUCUCCGCCGUCAUGUCCGGUGUGACCACGUGCCUGCGGUUCCCCGGUCAGCUCAACUCUGACCUUCGGAAACUCGCUGUGAACAUGGUUCCCUUCCCUCGUCUCCACUUCUUCAUGGUCGGAUUCGCUCCUCUGACUAGCCGUGGUGCAUACUCCUUCCGCGCUGUCACCGUUCCAGAGUUGACUCAGCAGAUGUACGACCCAAAGAACAUGAUGGCUGCUUCUGACUUCCGUAACGGCCGCUACCUUACCUGCUCCGCUAUCUUCCGUGGUAAGGUUUCCAUGAAGGAAGUCGAGGAUCAGAUGCGCAACGUCCAAAACAAGAACCACACCUAUUUCGUUGAGUGGAUCCCCAACAAUGUCCAGACCGCUCUCUGUUCCAUUCCACCUCGCGGCCUCAAGAUGUCAUCUACCUUCGUUGGAAAUUCCACCUCCAUCCAGGAGCUCUUCAAGCGUGUCGGUGACCAGUUCACUGCUAUGUUCAGGCGCAAGGCUUUCUUGCACUGGUACACUGGAGAGGGUAUGGAUGAGAUGGAGUUCACGGAGGCAGAGAGCAAUAUGAAUGAUCUCGUUUCUGAGUAUCAGCAGUACCAGGAUGCUAGCAUCUCGGAGGGAGAGGAUGAGUAUGCCGAGGAAGAGGUCCUUGAGGGCGAGGAGUAA